UCUCUGCUCACAGUCCUAUCUCCAGUUAAAAUGCCUUUCUUGGGAAAGGACUGGAGGUCACCAGGAUGGAGCUGGACAAAGACAGAACAUGGCUGGAAGAGGAUCAUCUUCUAUGGACAUGAGUUGGAGGACAACAACAGAGAGAUAGACUUGAAAGAGCUCUGCUGUGACAACAAAGAAAAUCUGUUUGUUGGAGAUGUAUGUGAGCUCACCACCACAAAAAGGAAAAAGGACUUCUACAACAACAACACCAAAUCUCAAUUCGUGUUUAGGGAUAAAUGGAUCUACGUGCAGAAAGGGAGCACAAAAGAACGACAUGGAUACUGCACACUUGGUGAGGCGCUCAACCGUUUAGACUUUUCCAGUGCCAUUCAGGACUUGAGAAGAUUCAACUAUGUGGCAAAACUUUUCCAGCUAAUCGCCAGGUCUCAGCUGACGUCCUUGAGUGGAGCAGCCCAGAAAAACUAUUUCAAUAUACUUGAGAAAAUUGUGCGAAAAGUCGUAGAGGACCACUACAAUCCGCGCCUUGUCAAGGAACUGCUGCAGGACCUGAGCUCAACACUGCACAGUCUGACUAUUCAUGUUGGCAGGUGUGUGCUCGUGGGCAACGUCAAUAUCUGGUUGUGCCGACUGGAGACCAUUCUCAAAUGGCAACAACAGCUCAACAACCUGCAGAUCCCAAAGCAAAUGUGCAAUGGUAAGUCAUUCAACGACUUGCCGCUACUCAUGCACAAUAAGAUCCUCUACAACCUAUCUGAUGCCCACGACAUCAUUAACCUGGGACAGGCCUCGCCAACUCUGCACAUCCUCAGUGAGAACAGGACGCUGUGGAAGAACCUGUGCCACUUUCACUUCACAGACAAACAGUUCUGUAGGAAUUUAGUCCUAACCAAGAGUGACAACGUGGACUGGAAGCUGAUGUACUUCACCCUGCAGAAGCGUUACCCAAUGAAGGAGCAGUACGGCGACACCUUGCACUUCUGCAAACACUGUAGCAUACUCUUCUGGAAGGAUCGCCACCUUGCGUUGUUAUUCAAGGACUGCGGCCACCCCUGCACGGCCAAUGAUCCAGACAGCUGUCUUAUGCCCAUCUCUCCGCAGCACUUUAUUGACCUCUUCAAAUUCUGAAGAGAAUCGUCUGUUUGCCCUCACACCAAAACCAAGAGUGUGUAUAAGAUCUUGAUGUCUUUUAACCCAAAUACAAAGGGCUUCAACUGAAAAAUAUAUACUUUUUUUACAUCUUCUUUUCCUUACGCACAAAUGUUUCCAUAAUACA